GUUGCGGUGAUAUUCUUGUAGAGCCUGGAAAAGAAGUUUUAAGGUUUCUUUUUUAUUUUGUUUUUCUAUUUUUUGAAAUUUGGGUUCCGCUUUUGUAAAACCAUAGAGAAACCUCAAGAAUUCGAUUCACACUGAUCCCAAUACGGCAGGGUUGAAGCUUCCACGCCUUAAUUUCUCUCUCAGUCUCAGAAGGGACUGUUUCGUGAAGACCUUUUGCUGGAUUGAUUUUGAAUGGGAAAUGUUUUUCCUUUUGGGUAACCUUUUUCACGGCGGAUAUAGAGUGAUUUGGCCUAGAAAAAGGUUCUGAUUCUGUUGACUUUUGUGAGAAUUGCGACUAGUAAUAAAGGAUUUGUGGAUUUAAUUGGGGAGCUUGAGUAUAUGAGGAGAUUCAUGAGUUGUUUUAGUGAAUUUGGAUAUAAGGGCGUUGACGAUUUUCAGCAGUUUAUGUGGAAUUGAGCCAUAUGGAGAGGAGUGUGUUGUUUCCUGGAUAUUCAUGAUAUGUAUCUUGAGAAUUUGAUUAUUCUCUGCACUUUCUGAUCAUUUUGGUAAUAUACUCAAACUUGGGUAUAUGAUUGUUCUGAGCAACAUUUGAAUGUUGUGGUAUUUCUGUAUCAAAGCAUUCUCUGGGAAGUUGUUGGAAGGUAAAAAAGAUUCAAAUUUAUACGGAUUGUGAAACUUGAGGAAUGAAGUCAACGACUUGCAUGCUGGUUCGGUCCUGGAGGUGGUUGGUCUGCUUUUGGUUCUGAAUUGAAAGUUGUUCUGGUUUUGAUAUUCAAUGGAUGAUCAAUGCAGUUCAAGUGCGCUGCCUCCUUUCCUCGCCAAGACUUAUGAGAUGGUGGAUGGUCCUUCCACUGACUCCAUUGUCUCCUGGAGUCAAAGUGGCAAAAGCUUUGUUGUGCGGAAUCCACUAGAAUUUGGAAGAGAUGUGCUACCCAGAUACUUCAAGCACAAUAACUUCUCAAGCUUUAUAAGGCAGCUCAACACAUAUGGUUUUAGGAAAAUUGAUCCAGAACAGUGGGAAUUUGCAAAUGAGGGUUUUAUAAGAGGGCAGCCAGAGCUUUUGAAGAACAUUCACAGACGCAAGCCAGUUCACAGUCAUUCCUCCCAAAACAACCAAGGGCAAGGAAGCUGUUCUUCAUUAACUGAAUCAGAAAGACAGGGGUACAAGGAUGAAAUUGAGAGGCUAAAAUGUGAUAAAGAAUCACUUAUUUUGGAGUUACAGAGGCAUAAACAGGAGGAACAAUGUAUUGAUCUGCAAAUACGCUUUUUGACUGAAUCUUUUCGGCAUGUGGACCAAUUGCACAAAAAUAUGUUUUCUUCUCUGGCUCACACCUUGCAGAAACCAGGGGUUGUAUUUGAUUUUGUGCCAGUGUCAGAUGCACAUGAAAGAAAGAGAAGGCUGCUGACAAACAAUUAUUUACAUGACAAAGGAAGCGGUGGAGAUAUUCAAAUUGGAACUUCUCAAAUGGUGACCGGUGAAAACUCAAGUGCUAAUUCCUUUUCAAUGUUAAACAAGGAGUUGUUUGAGCAGUUGGAGUCUUCCUUGAAGUUUUGGGAAAAUGUAAUACAUGAUAUUGGUCAAGCUUCCAUGCAACAAACAUCAAUCUUGGAGGUGGACAAAUCUAAAGAUUGUGCAGGUAGUCCAUCUUGCAUGGAGUUUAAUGUUAAUUUUGGGUCCAAAACUUCUGGAAUAGACAUGAAUUCUGAGCCUGCUGCUCCUGUACUCCCUGAGGUUGCUGCUUUAGAAGACAAGGCAGAUAAACCUGUAACCACUGUACCAUCUGGUGUCAAUGAUAUGUUCUGGGAACAGUUUCUGACUGAGAAUCCUGGUUCUACUGAUGCUAAAGAAGAUCAAUCAGACGAGAAAGACCUUGAUGGCAGAAAGAGCGACAGUGAUCAUGGAAAAUUUUGGUUGAAUAUAAGAAGUGUAAAUUAUCUUGCAGAGCAGUUGGGACAGCUUAAGCCAGCACAAGGAACUUGAUGGUAGUAGGUUUACUUGGGCUUUUCUUUUUACUCAUAAAUUCUCACGGGGGGGUGUAAAUUUACUGACUUCUGGUUUUAUCAACUAUAAAGUCUCACUGAUGUUGUAUUAUAAUCUUUUCUAGUAUAUUAUGAUACUAGAUUGCAUGAUAUUUUCACCAACAAUAAUCUUUAGUUUUUAUAGUGGUUCACUGAUUGUUGAAUUUAGUUAUUCUAUUUAACCUGCAUGAACCUUUGCGUUAACAUUGCCCAC